CAAAAGAAUGCAUUAUCUCAAGCGAGGCUAGUAAGGCUAAUUUGAAUUUAAACAAAAGAAUAUCAAUCCGGCAGCAAUUCAGGUCACGGCAAUCGGCCAUUUGGUCUCAGUAAAGACUAAAUAAAGACUCACAGUUUUCAUUUGUCCCGACCCACUUAUUUGAGAUGGUUGACAUCUCUUCGUCUUCUUUAUUUCGCGGACCUAUUUUGUUACUUGAGUUCGUCAGGUGCAUCGCGAAUUUCUUCGCGCCGGAGCUGAUGUCAUUCAAGCUUUUACAUUUUCUAUGGAUGAUGAAGUCAGUGAUGAGAAGUUCUUUGAGUAUGGCGAGGAAGCUGAAUGGGUAGUAGAGGUGAUGAAAACCACAGGCAAACCAACUGCCAUUACGAUGUGCAUCGGACCACAGGGAGACUUUGCCAAUGUGUCACCGGGAGAGUGCGCAGUGAGGCUGGCGAGAGCAGGUGCUGACAUCGUUGGAGUAAACUGCAAAUUCGAUCCCAGUACUUCCAUAAAAACUCUCAUUCUAAUGAAAGAAGCACUGGAUAAUGAAGGACUCAGUCCUCAUCUGAUGAUCCAGCCUGUAGGUUACCACACUCCAGACGCCGGAAGAGCAGGAUUCGCUAGUUUACCCGAGCUACCAUUUGCUUUGGAGCCUCGUACACUAACCAGAUGGGACGCGCAUAAGUACGCCCGGCAGGCCUACGACAUGGGGGUGAGGUUCAUCGGCGGCUGCUGUGGAUUCGAGCCAUAUCACAUCCGGGCUAUCGCAGAGGAGCUCUCUCCAGAACGGGGCUUUCUUCCUGUUGCAAGUGAAAAGCACGAGCCAUGGGGAGGAGGGUAUAAAAAUCACCCCAAAGAAUGGAUGGGACGAAGGGCCAACCGCGCCUAUUGGGAAAAUCUGGAACCUGCUAGUGGUCGUCCCCACUCUCCCGCGCUUUCGAAGUUUGACGGACCAGCUUGAUGACGUCAGAGCUGAACAUAAAUUUCACUCACUGAGAGACAUUUUAGCUCAGCAACCUGUACUUGUACUACAUAGAAAAGUCAAACAACGAGAUAUUUUAAGAUUAUUGGUCUUGAUCAUUCACUAUCUUGUGACUAUACUGAAAGGCAAUGAUUAUAUAGACGAUUAUUUUAUGGCUGUGUCUCACAAGGACUGGGAACUACCGAAUUCACGAAUUUGAUUGGCUGAAAUCAAUAUUGAAAG